AUGGGAGAUUCUCUAGCGGCGCGACCAAGGUCAGAUGGCGGCCGUGGGCGCAGGAGCCCCGGCGACGGACGCGAGAGCCCGGUGCGCGGAGAGCGCUCUUGGCCGGAAAAACCUUUUGCACUCUCCUCUGGCCAAGCCGGGGUGGGUUUAGAGACCUCAGGUCAGCUUCCCGCUGCCAAGGCCAGGGCCCGGAGGAGCCGCCGCGAAGCUCUGGGCUCAGCGGCAGGACCCUCGGCGGCCGCCGUAGUGCGGAGCUGA